UGUAUUUAUAAACAUUUAAUUAGAUGCAAACCAAUGAUCUAAUGAACCGAGCUCUGACCGCCGAACCCUUCGAGUGCAAGGACAUCGAGAUUGCCCUCCACGAGAUUAGGCAGAUGCAGAAGGAUAUUGAGAAGUUGCAGACGGAAACUAACGAAAGAACCAAUAUCAUCCAAAACCUGAUCGAGGAAAGAGAGGAGCUGAAACGUCAGAUUGUGAUUAGUGGAAUAACAACUGAGAGACCCAGGAAUUUGCCCAGGGAUGGUGGAAGCCUCUUCUGUGUAUCCAACAAAUGUUACACGCCAACUGAAUUUGCACUGUUUGGAGUUGGUACCACCGUGAUGGGUAUAAUGAUCGGUGUGAUCGGUAUAUCCUGGUUCAAAUCACACUGUUUACCAGACGAAAAGGAGGAGCUACGUGAGAGAGAAAGAGAAUUGCAGAAGCAGGAGAGAUUAAUAAAAUCUCCAAACUACCUUCUGAACGGGUCGGAGAAAUCUAAUAUAUAUCCGAAUUACAGUCUGAAUGGCUCUGCUGUGGAUAAAUCUCAUCUAAUUCAGCCUGGUGAGGAUCAAAUAGAGCGUGCUGUUCCUGUCAAGCACGGUCUUCACGAAACAGACCUACCAGUUCGUAUUCUCUAACCAUGCAAACUGAAGCCAAAACACACUUUAGUGUUUGAUAAACAAAUUACAAUGUUUUCACCAGUUCCGCCAGUGAACAUGAGCUAAAUACAGUGUACUUCAGAAAGUUAAUAGUUCUGUUGUAUAUGUAGUGCACUGUACAGUGUAAAAAGCCAAGUGAACUGUGUACAUUAUUUCAAGUUUAAUGUUUGAUUUCAUACUAACAUAACACGAGCACAAACAAUAAUAUCCUUUUUCAAGUUGGGUUUUAGUCGUUUACCUGUCAGCUCUGACGUCACACGGGUGAAAACCUUAUCAUUUUGGAAUUCGGGAAUUAACUUCUUAACAUUCUUAGUUGUGUAGAAGACGCCAGAGUUCUAUUUGCAAACAAAUCUGCUUAGAUUCUGUGUACACUGUGAACUUAAUUUUGUACACUGUACGGUGUACAUAAUAACAUAGACUGGAGCGAAGAGUGACAUAAAUCAAUCAUGUCGGAAUUAUAUCAAUAAUAUUUUUGAUAUUUAUAUUUUUAAAAUUUUGUACUGUGUACAAAUAAUGUCGUUGAUAGAAAAUAGAUAAAUCAUAACUCAUAAUUGUUCAUUAAAGAUAUACAAUAUCUUGAAAUAGUGAAUAUAGUCGAUUGUUUCCAACAUGUUGUACAGAUAUUUUGAAGCACAAUGUUUGUUGGAUUUAUAUUAAAAUAUUAUGGUACAAAAACAAACAGAGCGCUCUAGUAUUCUCUGUACAAUUUGAUUUGUUUAGUUAAAUUAAUAUUUUUAAAUAUUUUGUUCCGAUAUAUUAAAUGGAUCGAUUCCUUUAAAUUAAUUAUAAAUAAAUUAUUCACAAUAUGUGGGUAAAUGUAUUUUUCGUUUUCCUCAGAUAUAACGUUUAUCUUAAUCUGUUAAAUUCGGUUUUUGGAAUUUAUGUAAACCCUAAAAUUAAUUUUCAUAUCUUUUAAAAAUUUGAUAAGACAAGUUUAACAUAUAGAUAUCAACAUUUAUUAAUCUUAUUUACCCAAUAUUACCACAUUAUCAAAUAUAAAUAUUUCAUUAUCCAUCUUUAUCCAUUAUAACAGGGUGCUUCCAAAUAUAGGCUAAUUUACUUUUUACGUUUUUUUUCAUUUGUACAUUUAUUAUGUUAAUAUCAUUUAAACCAUCCAUACUUGGUUAAAUUACAGAAUAGUUCUUUCAAAAUCAAAAUGGGAAAAUUUAAAAAAUUGAAAGUUAAGACUCGAAAUUCUACACGAUUGCACAAUUUAAUUUGCACCUGUUAAAUCUUUAAGUGUAGAUUUUAUAAAAAGAAAUUAAAUUUUAACUUGGAAAUCUGUAAUUUAACUACCUCUGAUUUGUAAAUUAUAAUUUUGUAAUUUUUUGUAAUUUUAUACCCUAUCUUUUAACCUAAAAAUAGCAAUAUAGCUUCAACAAGAAUGUAAAAAAUUGUAAUGCUUCAUGAAACGCCUUGAAAUUGUGCCAUUUUUCAAAUCUUAUUCGUGUCUGUUCAGUGGCGUGGAUUUUUAUAUUCUAUUUUGCGGAUUUCAGAUAAAAAUGUUUGGAUUAUUAGACCUCGAGGAUUUUUAAGGUUUCCCCUCCACGAUUUGUGGUACGAAUACAACGAACACGACUUCACGAUGGGUUAUAUACUUUCCAAGUUUAGG